CUCCGUUUACCGUCCUCUUAACUGUUCACCACUGUUACCUCCUUCCGGCGAUACGGAACCGGCUUGUCUGAGACGAAUCGUGACGGUCAUUUGUGAAGGGAAAUGGCGACCGGCGUGAGAUUGGAUCUGGAUGGGAGGCCGAUAAAGCCGAUGACGAUAUGUAUGAUUGGGGCGGGGGGUUUCAUAGGGUCGCACCUUUGUGAGAAGUUGAUGGCGGAGACGCCGCACAAGGUGCUUGCCUUAGAUGUCUACAAUGAUAAGAUCAAGCACCUCCUAGAACCGGAUUCCCUCCCCUGGGCUGGCCGCAUCCAGUUCCACCGACUCAACAUCAAGAACGACUCCAGGCUUGAGGGCCUGAUCAAGAUGGCAGAUCUAACUAUAAAUCUAGCGGCAAUCUGCACUCCGGCGGAUUACAAUACGCGUCCUCUGGACACGAUUUACAGCAAUUUCAUCGAUGCUCUCCCUGUGGUGAAGUACUGUUCAGAGAACAACAAGCGUCUGAUUCACUUCUCCACUUGUGAAGUCUACGGAAAAACAAUUGGGAGCUUUCUUCCUAAAGAUUCUUCUCUUCGUCAGGAUCCUGCUUAUUAUGUUCUUAAAGAAGAUGCCUCCCCUUGUAUUUUUGGUCCUAUUGAGAAGCAGAGGUGGUCCUAUGCUUGUGCAAAGCAAUUGAUUGAGAGGCUCAUUUAUGCUGAGGGUGCGGAGAAUGGUCUUGAGUUCACCAUUGUGAGACCUUUCAACUGGAUUGGACCUAGAAUGGACUUCAUUCCAGGCAUUGAUGGUCCAAGUGAGGGUGUUCCGAGGGUUCUGGCAUGCUUUAGUAAUAAUCUCCUCAGACGUGAGCCACUCAAGCUUGUGGAUGGUGGUCAAUCCCAGAGAACUUUUGUUUACAUUAAGGAUGCUAUUGAAGCAGUUCAUUUGAUGAUUGAAAAUCCAGAUAGGGCCAAUGGUCAGAUUUUCAAUGUGGGUAACCCACAUAAUGAAGUUACAGUUAGGCAACUUGCUGAAAUGAUGACUGAGGUCUAUGCUAAGGUUAGUGGAGAACCACCAAUAGAAGAACCAACAAUUGAUGUCAGCUCAAAAGAAUUUUAUGGCGAAGGAUACGAUGAUAGUGACAAGAGAAUUCCGGACAUGACCAUAAUAAAUAGACAACUCAGUUGGAACCCCAAGACUUCACUUUGGGACUUGCUUGAGUCGACCCUCACCUAUCAACAUAGGACUUAUGCUGAGGCUAUUAAGAAGGUCAUUGCAAAACCUGUUGCAUCUUAAGCUUGAGGGAGAUGGUACGGUGAAAUGAACAAAGGGAAGAUAAAAUGUGCUUAUGAGCCAGAAAUUUCUUUACUCGUUAAGUCAUAAAACAUCUCUUAAUGGUUAAUAAAUUCCGUUAGGGUAACCAUGUAGUGCUUAGUGUAAUCUUCCAGUACAGCUUUGGCUACAAAUGUUGCGGCACUGCUAUACAAAGAAACCUGUUACUGUUUCUGUGGUGGGUUUUCCCUUCAUCCCUCCAUUUUGUCUAUCGUCCUGGGAUUUGUUGUAUGAAUUUGUUUGACCCUAUCAGUAUCAGGCACAAGUCUCGUAAAUUAUUAUUGUUUCUUUUAAUUUUAUGCAUGCAAUGUAAGUUACUUAAACUUUUACCAAAAUUUGGAGUUUUGGGAGCAAAGUUCUUAGCUCUUCUGACUACACUAUACAAAAUAAUGAUUAAGAAAUUUGACAGUUUUUUUUCCUUCUCAAACUAUGGGGGUCUGAAGAACAUGUCUUUCAAUUAAUGCAAUUUUUAUGGGAUAAGUUAGUUGCCAAUUGGUGUGGAAGUUAAAAGACAUUCUCAGUGGUCGAUGCUCUAGAUGAAUUGCUUUGAAGAAAGUCCAUUCCAGAUUUCAGAGGGUUGCUAUGCCAGCUAUUAGCCGAAAACCAAUAAUUGAAGAAUUAGAAUCGAGCGGUCGGUUAGGGAUCAUGUACUUUGUUUACUUUAUUAGCUGAGCUAUAAGUUGAAGUGCAAUUAUUGACCAACUGUCAAAAAAAAAAAAAAAGAGGUAACGUGUAUGUACCAAAAAAGGAAAAAUGAGGUAACUUGUGAGGUUGGGAAAAAAUUGAAGUGAUGCGUUAGGCAUUGGACUCUUAACAAACCCAAUUUUCCCUUGCAAGAUGUCUGUUGUAUCUUCUUUUAUUAAAAAGUCGCAAGACAA